AUGCACGUCAAGUAUCUUUCUACCCUUCUUCUCGCAGUUUCACAGAGCGCUACAGCUCUCGUCACUGGCACCAGAGCUAUCUCCAACGUUGCCAGUGUUGCCCCUGCCCUCGAGGCCAGAUGGCCAUGGAGUGUUAACAAGCGCACUGCUCAAGUCGUGGUGGAGAAUCAGACUGGAAAGACCAUUUACGGCGUCGGGCUCGUACACAAGUACAGCGACAACUACGUGAACAGCGAGGAUUGGGCCGAGCUGGCACACGGCGAAACGUCAGACCCUUCCCUCACGGUCAACUAUCAUACUGGCGACUGGACAACCGGCAGAGACUGGUGGCUUGUUACUUGGCUCGGUGACGAUGGAAAGUCGGUGCUUUACACGGACCCCAACAACGGUCGAUGCUGGAUCGACCAGUUGGAGCAGGCAGCCACCAAGAUCAUCCCCAAAAUUGCCGCUGCCAUCGCCAAGGCCCAGCUGAAAGUUCCAGGCGCCAACAAGCUUGUCAAGGCAAUCACCAAAGAGCUACUGAAGCCGUUAAUGAAUAAGGCUGAGACGUGUGGCUUCAAGCAGCACAUCUUGAGGGAUGACGAUUCCAACUCUCGGAUGACGAUUACACUCAAGAAGGGUGGCGAAGUCGUCCUCAAGUCACCUACGGGAAUUUCCUACACAUCGUGGAAAUCUAAACCUCUUGCUUAG